AUGGGAGACCAGAAUAAGGGUGUACUAACCAUUUCGAUGAAAGCAGCAUUUGCGAGUUCUCAACCCUUCGGCUCUCUCGUCGAACGUAGCAUCGAGGCAUGGAAGCGCGUUCGCCACAGGCGAGGAAUGACACAAGCAAUCCAAAAACACUCUCAGGUCCUAAGGAAUCUUGACUCCCUAGAUGACUUCCUCAGUUUUAGGGAUCAUCAGUACUGGUUUUUCCAGCUUCGCGAGUCAUUCAUGCGUCAAAACGCCUUCCAGAAAUGGGAUCCAGACCGCUUAGAUGACUACAUUCUCCUCCCGGUGGAAGACAGGUUUGUGAAUGAGACGGACUGUAUCUUUAUUAGCCACUAUUGGCGUGCAUGUGGAAAUCCUGAUCUCCAAGGCGAGGAUUUGCGACCCUUACAACGGCGACUUCGCGAUGGAUUUUGGCCCCGGGCCGCCUAUUUCUGGGUCGACUUCUCGUGUAUGCCGCAGUGGAAGCGCACCGAACCACAAGAACAGUACUUUACAAGAGCUCUCAAGAGUAUUCCCAUGCUAGUGCGAGAUUGUGCCUUUACGUGGCAUUUCCCGGACUUUCAGCCUCGCCUUUGGGUGCUUUUUGAAGCAGCGGAAUUCACUCGUAACCGAUCUCGGCCCGUUCCACUCGCUGAUAUGGAACCAUUCAUGGAUCACCUCCGGGAGAUGAAGGGAUACGGUGUGAGAUAUGUCCUCAAUAGGCAUGGAUACAGAUGCACGAAUCAAAGCGACCGUGAACUAGUCAUCGGGUGGUUGGAACUCCUCCUCAUCCUCUCCAGGAUGGUCCCGAGCAUACGCACACGACGAGCUAUCCUCAACGCGGUCGACAAUUCGAUGGUACGAACAUGUCAUCAUCAAGAAUCGGGGAUCACGGUCGACAAAGAAAAAGGCACGAUAACCAUGAAUGAGGGGACAUACGAGUUUACUCCUGUGCCUUUCGAGGCAACAGGCUCUGAUACGCAUGUCUAUAUAGAAGCCGACUCGUACCACGAGGACCAGCUGCCAAAAGCGCUAGAGCGGGCGAAAAACGCGCCGGACGACCGAGGAUGUGAAGAAAUCGGCAGGGAAUACGACCGCGAAGGAGAGUACAAGAUCGCGGAGGUGCUGCAUCGGAAGGCAUUGGCGGACAAGGAGAACGUCGCCGACAUUUUAGUUAGUCUCUCAUUCUUGGCGGAGAAUUUAGAGAAUCAGGGACGGUAUGAAGAGGCUGAGGAACUGUGUCGCCGGAAAGUAACGACUGCAGAGAAAGAAUACGGACCAAACGACAGCGUCACCUUGGAGAGUCGUGAGAGCCUGGCGAUGGUGGCGCAGAAGCGAAAGCUGGCCACCUCUUAUCAGCGUUGGAAGCUUGAGCCACUCGAAACAUUCCUGGAAUUGGACCGCCCAGAUAUCCCAGAGAUCGGUCGGAGCGAUGCAGUGGUUUCGGGGAGCACGGAUCACAAAGCUAAGAAUCUAGAAAAUCAAGAACGAUUCAGCGAAGCCAAGGAGGUACUCUGGUUCCUUCUAGAGCGGAGAAAGGAAACGUUGGGUCCUUGUCACCUUGACACCCUGAUGACCAUGUGUAACCUUGCCAGGGUGCUCCGGCUCGAGGGGAAUGUAGCGGCUGCCGAGAGGCUGUUUUGGCUAGCACUCGCGGUGAGUGACCAUAGACGGGGACCCGAACACUCUCACACACUGGCAAUCAUGAGCAAUCUCGCAGCAUGCAUGCUUUUGCAAGGCAAGAGUGCGGAAGGCAAGGAAAUCUACCGGCAGCAGUUGGAGCGGCAUCUAAGAUCGGUGGACUUCGACCACCCCGACACGUACACAGUCAAGUGCAACCUGAUUGGAAUGCUAGAGGAAAACGAAGAGUUCCUGGUGACCAGAGGCCGGGUACGGUUGCGGUCCAACAAAAGGAGAUAG